GUUGGGCAGACAUGCAGAGAGCAGACCGCAGCAGUGACUGACUAACUAUUGGAAAAUAUAAUAACACAAAAACAGCAGGACUGGAGAAAACAUCCUCUCAUUUUGUUAAAUGCUUAAUUGUAGGCAGUGGAGAGCCACAACAGGAACUAAAUCACUGCUGCAGACAUCAGGAUCAAGAAGUAUGGAGGAUUCCUGUUUGGUCCGAUGUGACAGCCUGGACGCUGGGUCAGGGUGUGACAGGGAAGUGAUGACCCCCAUCGACCAUAUGACCUUUGACCCUGAGGGCUCUGACCCCAUGGCCAACGUGGAGCCUUCACCAGCAGAACUGGCUCAGUGUGAGGCUGAAGUGGGCACGCUGCUCAGCAUCAUUGCUGAACUGAACAAAAAGAUGGGGUCAUUAAAGGCACCAAGUGAACCAGACCUGAGACCACCAGGACCAUCCAGGCCUCUGGUUCCAGACCUCCUGUCCCACCGGCUGACCAGAAGCAGCCCAGAGAGGAACACUGCUGCCACAUCCAAACCUCCACUGACUGACCGAGGAAGCGGUGGUGUGGUGUGGACUAAACUCCAGCAGGUUUUAUCAUCAGUGGAGGACUCCAUCAGCUGUAAAAGGUCCUGGGCCGCCCCCAUCACAGCUUCUGACCAAGACAAGCACCGAGAGCAUCUGAGAGCAGCCCAGGAGAGCUGGAUUAAGGCCACUCAGAUAGUGGAGGAGAUGGAAACAGAGUUUGGGAUUUCCUGCCCAUCAGGCCUGCCAAAGGACCUGUAUCAGGAGGACAUCCUGGACCUGGAGAAGCGAGACUUUGCUCUCAGAAGCACCUUGCAGAGUCACAAGGAGGAGCUGGAGAGAGCACAGAGCACCUUCAGCCUGAUGGAAGAGGAGAAGAACAAGCUGGUUGGUCUCCAUAAAGCCUUGAGGUCAGGCAGUCGCUCUCCUUCCUACCGGCCCACUUCAGGCGCUCUCAGUCCAGACUGGGCCUCUCCUCCCUUCCCUGGUUCACCGUUACUCCACAGAAGAGCAGCCAGAGCUGUAACACCUCUGUCGCUGGGUGGGGACAGUUCUCCAGUGGGCUCUGUUAACUCAUGCAGUCCUUGUCCAAGUCCCAUCAGCCUGGAGUCAGAGACAGAACGACUGAACAGGUGCAUUGAGAGGCUGAGGUCCAGAAAUGAACGUCUGACUGCAGCUCUGGAGCGAAGGAAGGGAGAGUCAGAACUGAUCAGUAUUACACUAAACAGACUGGAGGCUGACUGCUCUGCCCUGCAGAUGGCUCUCAGAUACUGUGAGGAGUGUGAAGAGGCCUACAGCGAGCUGCUGUCACUUCAUGACGCCAAGAAGCAGCAAAGCAUUCCUCUGCAGACAGACUCAGCAGAGGCGGUGGGUGACAGGCAGCAGCCCGACAGUCCAUCAGCUCAGCUCAUGAAAAUGGGAACUGAAGAGCUGUCCACCUCCUUCUCAGCAGCAGGAGUCACAGAGGAGACGGAAACACAGAGUCACACAGGGCAGAGGGCACCUGAGCUGGUGGAGCGAGAGGUGUUUCUCCGUCAGCAAAUUGAGCGCCUGAAGAGGGAUCGGGCCGCCAUUUGUCUACCUAAGCCGAGCCCAGGAGUCGAGGGAAAAAUGAGCCCCGAAACUGGUCACCUGGCUGGACCAAGAGGGGGACAUGUGACUAAAGAUAACGCCAAACCUCCUGAUACCAAGAAAGAGAAGGGUUCCCUCUUCUAUGAACUCAUCUCUGUCAGGGAGGAGAUGUCAGAUCUGCGAGGUCUAAUCCGCCUCAAGGAGAAAGAGCUGCGGUGUCUUGAGUGGGGUUUAAUGGCCCAGAAGGCCCAGGAAGCAGCUGGAGCUUUCGUUCCAGAAAGCCUCCGAGAGGAGAUGGAAGAACGUAAGACUGAACAACAGAGAAUCUGUGAAAAUGCAGGUAAACUGGGUAGUGAUGUGGACAUCGUCGAUCCUCGAACCAGACCCAUCCUGAAAGAGCUGCAGGCCGUCCUGCAAAGGGAACAAGCCCUGAAGAAAAGACUGGCUUUAGUCCAAGACUCUCUAAACACAGCUCUGUCAGACAGCUCCUCGCACAGGAGGGACAACGGAGAGCACAUUGCUCGGCUCUCACAAGCUCACAGUAAAGCCUUGAGUUCGUACCGGCAGAUUCGCAGGAAGUACCGGGAGCAGGUGUGGAGGCUGGAGCAGAAAGUGGUGGCCAUGACGGAGAGUCACCAGCACCAGAGUGGAGCACCGAAAGCUGCAGGGGAGGCGUUGGAGUGGAGGAGGGAAGAGACGGUUCUGUGAUUCAGCUGGAUCCGCUAGAAUAUAUGGACAUUAUAUUAACAGCUAUAAUCAGCCGCCCUGCUGAAUUCAAGUUGCUCAUAUGUAUUUUUAUAAUUUGUGGAGUUAUGUUAGCGUACACACACAUAUGGCUUUAGACUCUUAGUCUUGUUAAUAAGAUAUGCUAAGAAGUUAUAUUGUUACUCAGUUUUCUAUCCUUGUAAAGAGACUUGUACCUUUUCAUCUAUUUAUCUGUUAAUCCAUUAAUGACAUCUACAGCCGUUCGUUCAGGCAUUGGGAGGUAAAUACAGUAUAUAGAGUAUGUAGGGCAGUAGAACAUGGAAACAUCAAACGUCAGUUCUGCCUUUUCAACCCUUGUGAGAGUCACCAAUAAACUGAAAAAGGAA